AUAGUUACCAUUUCGUUGGAUGACUAAAUAAAAUUUUAAAUAAUUUUCAAUUCGUCAGUCAAUAAGCACGUUGUUUGGUUUCUCUGAAGUGAGCAAAAAAUGUUUUCAACACCUCGUCAAAACUCCACUGACGGUCCUUUGUGCCACUCCACCCCGAGAUCAGAGAGUCACGCCCCGCAGUUCGAGUCCAGGCCCGUUGCCAACCUCCCCGUGAGCGUUUACGGGUGGUAUCGUGUGCUCAUAUUCAGCAGCGAUCGUCGGGAGUCCGUCAACAGGGUGCUGCGACGUCUUCGCAGGAUUUUGAGCCCGUUGAAACUAGAUCCUCGCUAUAAGCACUCUGGCGGGGAAUACGAUGAGGCCGAGGACUCCGGCGCCCAGUUCACGUUCUACGUGGACAGCUACAACGUAGCGAGUGCCUUGUUCCGCCGGGGACGGCUGGAUAAUCGCGUGUGGCUGAAGGUCAGUGACCGGAUGCCCUGGGUCAGGGUUACCUCCGCUUUCAAGUUGCGGCUGAAACGGGUGAUUCUCGAAAGGUAUGAUCCCGAGCGGCGCAGCCUGGAUCUCACACUAUUCCACAUGGACGAGGCCUGGCGCGGGGAGUUCUGCGCCCUGGCGGAGUCGCACUGUAUGAACUCGGUGGUUGGUAUUAUGGAGAGGUGUUUGCCCGGGCUGGAGCGCCUGAUCUUGGACCGGAAUCACCUGACCCACCUUUGGAGCUUCAGGGAAUUGGAGAGGCGGUUCCCUUGGCUGCACAGCGUCUCUCUGAAAAACAACGACAUCACAAACCUUGAGGUAUUGCGGGUUUUCCAAUACCUCCCCCUGGUCGCCUUGAACCUCGAGAGGAAUCUUCUGCCGCCUGGUUAUGAAGAGAAUGUCCUAAGUAUUUGGCCACGUCUGCAGUUUCUCAACGAUAUCCCUGUGCUACGCUUUUGUGAAUAUGUGUAAAGGGAACUCUUUUCCAGCGGCUUUUUCUCGUCGUUAUAGUGUUUGUUUAUAAUUUAUUUGUGUGUUAUAAGUUAAAGUGUUAUAUUUGGUUGUGCCUCAUAAAUUUCAAAUAAUUCAAGUAAUGUAACUCAAUCCAACGCAUUGAAAAUAAAAAAAAAAUAA